AUGGCUGCCAAGGUGAAACAGUUGUGUUUUAUCGUCGGGCUAAUUUUGAUUUUCACAAAUCUCGGGUCUACACGGAUACAUAAAACUAUUCACCUAAAGGAUGAAACACGCUCUCAAGUUGAUCUCAGCAAAUUUGGGUUUUUCAAAGGUGGUUUCCUGAAGGUCAACAUGACAGGCCUUAUACUUGAUGAUAGAUAUCAAGAAAACAUUGAAAAGGAAGAAGAGAUCUUUGGAUUCUCAUUGGACAAGACUGUCAGUGAUGGAAUAUCUUCCUAUCUUGAAAAACACACCGAAGAAUGUAUGUUGUCAAAGCGACUAAGCACAGAAGACAAAAGAUCGGUUAAUAUGGUGUUGUUUAUCUUAAAUCUUAAUAAUAAUUCUGUAACAGUGGAAAGACAAGGUCCUGAUUUAGAAAAUUUGGAGGUUUAUGAGGACGAAAAACAAUAUUAUGAUGCUCAUAGAUAUGGGAACACAAAUGAGAAAGUGAUGAGUAAUACUUCACCUGUGGAAGAAUCUGUGAAAGAGACCGAAUCUACUCAAUCUGAAACAGUGAAUGAGAAAAGUGAUACUCACCCUGAGGGAGAAACUGUGAAUGAGGAAAGUGAUACUAAACCUGAAGGAGAAACGGUGAAUGAGGAAAGUGAUACUCAAUCUAAGGGAGAAACUGUGAAUGAGAAAACUGAUAGUGAUACUAAACCUGAGGGAGAAACUGUGAAUGAGGAAAUUGAUACUAAACCUGAAGGAGAAACGGUGAAUGAGAAAAGUGAUACUCACCCUGAGGGAGAAAUUGUGAAUGAGAAAACUGAUACUAAACCUGAGGGAGAAACUCUGAAUGAGGAAAGUGAUACUCAAUCUCAGGGAGAAACUGUGAAUGAGAAAACUGAUACUAAACCUGAGGGAGAAACUGUGAAUGAGAAAAGUGAUACUAAACCGGUAGUAAACACUGGUGAUAAUUUGAUAGAGGAGGUGAUGAAUCUUGAUCACAAUUCGGAAGAAAAAGACAAUGAAAAUCCUGAGGAUAAAGCAAAUCCAGUUGAUACAUCAUUGCAAGCGGCUGCCGAUGCAGAAAUAAAUUUAUCACCACAAUCUCCUAAACAGAAAAGGGAAGCAGUGAUACUUCCACUAGUGAGGACCAUGUCAUUACAGCGUCUAGAAGAUCACAAGUAUUCAUUUUCUUUCCAGUUUGUGGUCGCUAUUACUAGUGAGAAACAAGAAGGUCUGUACAACUUGUAUUUCCAUAAUUGCCACAACUUGAAGGCCGAUGAAGAUAUUCCACUGUCAUUAACUAUUAAAAUUGAAGAACGUAAUCCAAAUAAUAAUUACCUGUCUGCCGGGGAGAUUCCAUUACCAACUUUAUUCUUCACCAUGUCGGUAGUGUUCUUCAUAACCGCAUGUUUCUGGGUUUAUAUCUUGAGGAAGUACAGGGAUGAUGUCUUCAAAAUACACUAUCUCAUGUUAAGUCUCAUAUACCUCAAGUCUUUAUCGCUGCUCUUUCAUGCUAUUGACUACCAUUUCAUUGCCAAAUAUGGAAAUCCAAUUGAAGCUUGGGCUAUAAUGUAUUACAUUACACAUUUACUGAAAGGUGCACUGUUGUUUAUCACUAUUGUACUCAUUGGUGCUGGGUGGGCAUUUAUCAAGCAUAUACUCACAGACAAAGAUAAAAAGAUAUUCAUGAUAGUUAUACCAUUGCAGGUGCUUGCAAACGUUGCAUAUAUUAUCAUCGAGAGUUCUGAGGAAGGCCAGUCUGAGUAUUACAUGUGGAAGGAAAUAUUUAUCCUGGUAGAUCUACUGUGUUGUGGUGCUAUUUUAUUUCCUGUUGUGUGGUCGAUAAGACACUUGCAAGAAGCUUCAACUACAGAUGGGAAGGCAGCCAUCAGUUUACAAAAAUUGAAAUUAUUUAGACACUUUUACAUUAUGAUCGUCUGUUAUAUUUAUUUCACAAGAAUAAUUGUGUAUCUCCUGAAGAUCACUGUACCAUUCCAGUACAUAUGGUUGGAUGAUUUCUUCAAAGAGGUUGCCACCUUCAUAUUUUUUGUGGUUACUGCGUAUAAAUUCAGACCAGCAUCACAAAAUCCUUAUUUUCAAGUCAGUCAAGAUGAAGAUGAUAUGGAGAUGGAUGAAGUGCUAACUGAAACUGGUCUAACAGAAGGAGUGGUGAAAGUGAACUCUAAUUCUACAACUGCUAAGCAGCGAGACACAAACCAUUAUGCUUGAGGCAUUGUUAUAAUUCAUUGUAAAAGUACGCUGUCAAAUUAUAACGACAUUUACUCUUUUUUUUGAGUUACUGCUAUGAAGGAAUCAUAUCAGAAUAAAAAUAUAGAUUCAAACCGAACAACAGGAUGACACUAUUACUAAUACCCUGCAUGCAUUUAUCUGCAUAUAGGAUUAAUUAUAAAAGCAUUACUUAAGUGUCCUCCUGGUUUUACUGUUUUUAUUUUGAGAGUUGAUAAUUUAUGACUUGUGGGUGGGGGGUGUGACUUUACUGUAAUGUAUAUAUUAUUUUUGUAUCACGAGCAUUGAAGUCGUCAAAUUGUGUUAAGAAACUGUGAUUGUUUUUUUUUAUAAUUAAAUUUGUUCCACAAAAGUGGCUGAAAUUUAACCUAUAAACUCCUCCCACAUUGUACUGUAUUUCAAACUCCAGUCUUGCCAAACCACCAAACGUGUGUUUGCAAUUGAUGUCACGCCUUUUUAUCUGAUCUAAAAGACGUUAAUAUAUAUGAAUUGUGUGAUCAGCUGUAUUAUGACUAUUAUUCUUGAUAUAUCAUUAUGAAAUAUAUAUAUACCCAUAAUAAUUGUGCGUGUUUGUGGGAGGUGGUUGGGGAAGAUUCUGCGUAACUUUAUUUGUAGUAGAUAAAACAGUCUUUUGUAUUUUUGGUUUUUUCUUUCACAAUAAUCAUAAGUACUACUGUUUUUUUUUAAUGGGACAUUUUUAUGUAGUGUGAAAUUAAAAAUAACCUGCAAAAAUCCUCGAAUAAGUCUCUAGUAACGUAAACUUGUACAUACUUGAUGAAAUUCAAGUUUCUUUAUUCAGUGUAUAUAGAAACCGUCUUCAGUUAUUUAUUCAGUCAUGUAUGUCUUAAUCGUUCAUAUUCCCUUUUAUUGGAAUUGCACCACUAAAUCAACCAGUCAUGUUCAGUUUACCUUUGUUAAUUAGAUAUAUACUGUACUUGGCUCAAAUAAAAGCAUUCAUAAACCAAUUACUGCAUUUAUUGUAUGCUCAGUUAUUAAAAUAAGCAUUCAUUUACGCAGGUGCAUUCACUAAAAAUGACAGCAAAUAUGAUAAAUUCUUUAUGCUUGUGACAAUUAUUUACAUAUGGCCAUUAACCGGAAUAAGUUUCUCGUCUAUGCAUGCAUUACAUGGUAUGAAGCACAUCAAUAGAUUUUUGUUUUGUAACUACUGUUUCGGAAAAUGUAAUAUUGAUGUACAGCAGCCAUUUAAUCUGCAUGUGCAAUGCUCAUUUCAAUAAAGACUUUAAAAACUCA